AUGAUACACUUCAUCGCCUCGCCUCGCCGAGCGGAGCCACAGGUACGAGUCAUGUUUCUGAUAUGGAUUUUCAUGCUAUCUGCUGUUCCAAACGCACUUUCUGCCAGCUCCAUCUCCUGCCGGGACCCAGAGGCCGGCGACCAAAACACAGAUCACAUGACCGAUUGUCUCGGCCUACGCUUCACCUGGCUCCACUCGGUCUUCGAUAACUUCCCCUCUCUGCUGAGCUUUACUCUGAAGCUCCGCUGUGCGACGGGGCUUUGUCCACGCGACCUGGAAGACUACGGCUGCUCCUGCAGAUAUGUGGCCUCUGGAAACCCUGUGGAUCCUCUGGACAUUACAGGGUUUAUCUGGAGUCCCAGUGGACCAGCAGUCCUCAAAAGACGGCCCCAGGAGUUCACAAGCUGCUGUGAGACUCACAGGACCUGUUAUCAGAACGCUGCCCCCUGCAGGCAGGAGCUGCCUCCUCUUCCCAACAACUUCACCUGUUCAGCUGCAAACUCCAGCUGUGAUGCUGGUGAUUGGUGUCAGCAGACGCUCUGUGAAUGUGACCAGGCUGCCAUCGACUGCAUGACUCAGAGCUCAUACAACUCUACGCUGAGAGGCCUCGCCGAGUCGUCCUGCUCCGCUUCAAAUCAGACAGAUGUGUUCAGCAGCACUGUGGAAACCACCGACGCCUUCAGAGGAGCAGUAAACGACUCUCUCAGCCACCAGCUCUCCAACUCUUCCUUCCUGUCAGCAGAGAUGGACCAGCUAAUGACCGGCAGGGUGGAGAACCGGAGUGACGCCGUGGGGUUGGACGGCGACCUCGUCACCCCGACGCCGGGCACGCCCCCCCCGCUGACACCUGCAGAUUUGAAUGAGGCUGUGACAGAGGAAGCACUCCGGCUGCAAGAGAUAAAUAAGAAUCAAACGACCCACAAUCCUCCAGCAAUCAGCGGCGAUUCCGUUCUGUUCGUCCACGACAGAGAAACACUGAACGAAUCAGACUCAGAGCCGAGCAAACUCUCUCCACUGAGCUUCGGAGGCAGAAACGCAGAGACGUCUUCAACGCCAGCGAAUUCCCACGCUGACAUCACGACUUUGGAUCUGACUACAACUUUUCCGAGGACUACAACUCCCAGAGAGGCGUCACCAGCUGGUCUGGAGAAGUCAUCUGAGGAAGGUGGUUAA